AUGUCUGAAAGAGAUUCCACCAAGCUGCUAGCAUUGUUCUUCUUUGUUGCUUUCUUUGCGCCUGUUGUUGCUGGAGAUAGCGAAGCAAAAGCUCUGUUGAAGUGGAAGGAUAGCUUUAACAACCAAAGCAAAGCUCCCUUGUCCUCUUGGAAUAAAGACACUAAUCCUUGUAGACAAUUCUGGAGGGGAAUCUCUUGUGAUGAAUCCAUGUCUGUGACUAACAUAAGUCUCUCAAAUCUUGGCCUUCAAGGUACACUUUCCACUCUCAACUUUGUUUCCUUUCCUAAUCUCCUGCACUUCAACAUAAGUUACAACCAUUUUUAUGGAGAGAUUCCCCAUGAGAUUGGUAAUUUGUCCAGAAUUCUGAUGUUGAGUUUGUCAGAUAAUUCAAUUAUUGGUCCCAUUCCUCUUGAAAUAUGGACUCUAACCACUCUAAAACAUCUUGAUCUUAGUGCAUGUAAUCUCACAGGACAAAUUCCUAAAGAAAUUGGGAAUUUGAGGAAUUUGAAUUACCUAAAUCUUGGAGAAAAUUCCCAGAUUUCUGGUCCCAUUCCUGAAGAGAUUGGAAUGUUGAGCCAUCUUGAAGUGCUUCGUUUGCCAAAAAAUCAUCUAUCGGGAAGAAUCCCAUCAUCAAUUGGAAAUUUGACAAAGUUACAAAUACUCUUUCUUUCCAUGAACAAUCUCGCAGGUCCUAUUCCUUCUGGAUUGUGGAAACUCUAUUCUCUCAUUGAUAUUCAGUUACACCAGAAUAGACUUUCUGGGUCAAUCUCUCCCUCUAUAGGAAACCUAACAAAUCUCCAACACUUGGCCUUAGCUGAUAACAGGUUUUCUGGUCCGAUUCCACAAUCCAUUGGAAAGUUGAUCAAUGUGAUCGAACUCUAUCUAUAUAAUAACAAUCUUUCAGGACCUAUUCCUUCCACUAUAGGAAACAUGACAAAGCUUAACAAUCUAGUGUUGUUAGUGAACAAUCUCAGUGGUCAACUUCCAAGAGAAAUCAAUAAUAUAAGUUGGCAAAAUUUACAACUGGGGAAUAAUCAUUUUCAUGGCCAUUUGCCACAACAUAUUUGUCAAGGUGGGGAGUUAAAUAAGUUUGUUGUUCAAGGUAACCAGUUCACUGGUCUGAUUCCAAGAAGUUUGAAGAAUUGUCCUAGUCUAAAAAGACUCAAGCUUAAUGAUAACCAAUUAGUUGAUAAUAUGACAGAUGCUUUUGGCAUAUAUCCUCAUUUAGAUCACAUUGAUCUAAGUGAAAAUCAAUUUUAUGGCCAACUUUCAUCUAGAUGGGGGAAGUGUCAAAAUCUCACACAGAUGAUUAUUCACAAUAACAGGCUUUCUGGUCACAUACCACCAGAACUAGGAGAUUCAACUAAGCUUGGUUUACUUAACUUGUCUUCAAAUCAUUUAUCUGGACAAAUUCCAAAAGAACUGGGGAAGUUGAUAAUUUUGCAAGAACUCUCUUUGAGCCACAAUAACUUCUCUGGUAAUGUCCCCUCAAACAUAAGAUCGCUUAGUCAACUUGAAAUUUUGGAGCUGGCAGUAAAUAAUUUCAAUGGCUCAAUCACAAGAGAGCUCGGGGAAUUAAAAACCCUAAGGGUCUUGAACUUGAGCAAAAACAAAUUUGAUGAAAGCAUUCCCUCUGAGUUCGGUGAACUCCAGCACCUUGAACAACUUGAUCUUAGUGACAAUUUGCUAAUUGGAAAAAUACCAUCCAGGCUUGGAAUGUUAUCCAAUUUGCAAGUAUUAAACCUCUCACAUAAUAAUAUCACUGGCUCCAUUCCUUCUGAUUUUGGCGGAUCAAUGUCACCUUUGUCUAUAGUUGACAUAUCAUAUAAUCAAUUAGAAGGCCCCAUUCCGAACAAACCAGCCUUUCACAACUUUGAUGCAUUAAGGAACAAUAAAGGUUUGUGUGGCAAUGUGAAUGGUUUAAGUUCAUGUCAUGAUUUACAAACAAAUGGACAUGGCCAUAAGAGCAAAAAAGAAGGUUCACCAGAAGAUGUUUAUUUUGUAUGGAGUCUUGAAAGAGAAAUAUUGUACGAAGAUAUCAUUGAAGCCACAAAGGAAUUUGAUAAAAGAUAUCUCAUCGGAAAAGGGGGCCAAGGAAGUGUUUAUAGGGCUCAAUUGCCAACAGGUGAUGUUGUUGCAGUAAAGAAGCUUCAUUCAAUGCCAAGUGGAGAAAUAUCCAACCAAAAAGCUUUCACAAGUGAGAUUCAAGCUUUGACAGAAAUCAAACAUCGUAACAUUGUGAAGUUGUAUGGGUUUUAUUCCAAUUCACAGUUCUCCAUUUUGGUUUAUGAGUUCUUGGAAGGUGGGAGUUUGGACAUCAUACUAAAGAAUGAGAAACAAGCUACUGAGUUUGAGUGGAACAAGAGGGUAAAUGUUGUCAAAGGUGUGGCUAAUGCUUUAUUCCAUAUGCAUCAUGGUUGUUCAAUUCCUAUUGUUCAUCGUGACAUAUCAAGCAAGAACAUUCUUCUAGGUUCUGACUACGAAGAAGCUCGCAUCAUUGACUUUGGAACAGCAAAGUUUUUGAAUCCUAACUCAAACAACAUGACCACAUUUGCUGGCACAUUUGGGUAUGCUGCGCCAGCAAACGAGAAAUGUGACGUUUAUAGCUUUGGAGUGUUGACUCUAGAAAUCAUUAUGGGUGCACAUCCAACAGAGCUUAUUUCAUCCUUGGCGGAGAAUUCAACCAAUAAUGAUUUGUUGUUAAGUGAUGUGUUGGACCCACGUCUCUCUUCACUUACAAAACCCAUCCUAGAUGAUGUGAUCUUAGUUGCAAAAAUAGCAUUUUCUUGCUUGAAUGAGACUCCUCAGUCUCGUCCAACCAUGGAACAAGUAUCUAUAGAGCUUGCAAGGACACCAAAAUCUUAUUCAGAGGAUCAAUUUCACGCCAUCACAAUUGGGCAACUAAUGAGGGAAUGA